CUUCUGUAAACCACCUUGCGUAUGGAAGUAUGGCGGCCCCAGCGACACAACCACCACUCGGCCAAAGUUUGCCGCUCACUUUGUUGAUUCUCACGUGAGAGCGAUGCAUAAGUACGCGGAGCGGGGCUUCGGUAACAAAGAGCACGGCGACUGCAACCAGGGGACGGGACGCGCUGACGGAGGCGUCGGUCUGUGGCCGGCGGACUUUCCUCGAAUUCGCUCCGCCGCUUUGAUUGAAGCGCCUUCAGUCCCGGGCGCCGCAGCGAGAGAAGCUCCGCGAGAGGCGACGAGUGGACGCGGAAGUUUGGAACGAGCCCGCUACGCGUCCGCUGCAUAGAGUGCUACUCGUCGGGGAGCGGCGGCGUUUUAUUGGGCGCAAUUCGCAGCACAUCGAGCUCGCGCUUAGUGUCAGCUCGUCACGAGCCAACUGUUGACUGCUCGACGCGCGUUCAGGCUGCGGCGCUAACGCUAGUUUGCCUCCAUGGCUACAUCCAGCAUUAGCUCGUGCUCGUCCGCUAACGACCGGGAUAAAAGUGCCUUAUUCGUGUGAAAUGCCUUUCUUCGACCUCUGAAGCGCUCGGGUUCCAUUAACGCAUGCCACAUACUGGAGGAAUACGGAUCGGCGUAGGUGAACCGCAUCACCCGUGCUCCAGGAGAGGACAGGCUGAGCCCGGCCCGGAGGCCCCUGUCUCCUCCCUGGGGUCCAACGGUUGGACGGUGAGCGACUGAGUCCAGCUCGGAGAGUCCCGGCUGCGGCCUGGCACCCUGCCCUUAUGGGGCAGCAGCCGGGGAAGUUCGCAGGGGACCAGAGGAGACCUAGUCUGCCAGCCUUUAUAAGGGGUGGAAGGAGAGAGUCGUCGCGCCACGGGACCCAUCCCUGCAAUGUUUUUGCUGUGCACGUCCCACAUAGUUAACUCCAGGCUCGCUAGCGCCUUGCUGCUUCUCAGCAGACAGGUUCAGACCUCUUCACACAGCUGCCUGAGAGCGAGGCCGAGGCAGUGGAGGGCAAGCAAAGACCUGUCUCUUCUCUUGGCACCCCUCUGUACUGUACAGUGGGGAGAAGCUCUCCAGAGACCAGACUUUGAGAGUCAGGGACUGACAGAAGCGGCCCGCUGGAACUCCAAAGAGAACCUGUUGGCUGGACCCAGUGAGAAUGACCCCAACCUCUUUGUCGCGCUGUAUGAUUUUGUGGCCAGUGGUGACAACACGCUCAGCAUUACCAAAGGAGAGAAGCUUCGUGUGCUGGGUUACAACCACAAUGGCGAGUGGUGUGAAGCGCAGACGAAAAAUGGCCAGGGGUGGGUGCCGUCCAACUACAUCACGCCCGUCAACAGCCUGGAGAAGCACAGCUGGUACCACGGACCCGUGUCGCGCAACGCUGCAGAGUACCUGCUCAGCUCGGGCAUCAACGGGAGCUUUCUGGUCCGCGAGAGCGAGAGCAGCCCCGGCCAGAGGUCCAUAUCUCUGCGGUACGAGGGGCGAGUCUACCAUUACAGGAUCAACACGGCAUCGGACGGCAAGCUCUACGUCUCGUCUGAAAGUCGUUUCAACACACUGGCAGAGUUGGUGCACCACCACUCCACGGUGGCCGACGGCCUCAUCACCACACUGCACUACCCAGCGCCGAAACGCAACAAGCCCACCAUCUACGGAGUUUCUCCCAACUAUGAUAAGUGGGAAAUGGAGCGCACUGACAUUACCAUGAAGCACAAGCUAGGAGGAGGCCAGUAUGGGGAGGUGUACGAGGGUGUCUGGAAGAAGUAUAACCUCACUGUGGCUGUCAAGACGCUAAAGGAGGAUACGAUGGAGGUGGAGGAGUUCCUCAAGGAGGCCGCUGUCAUGAAAGAGAUCAAACAUCCCAACCUGGUGCAGCUGUUAGGUGUGUGCACACGGGAGCCCCCGUUCUACAUUAUAACAGAGUUCAUGACCCACGGUAACCUUCUGGACUACCUGAGGGAGUGCAACAGAGUGGAGGUCAAUGCCGUGGUGCUGCUUCACAUGGCCACACAGAUCUCCUCAGCCAUGGAGUACCUGGAGAAAAAAAACUUUAUACACAGGGACUUAGCUGCACGUAACUGUCUGGUUGGGGAGAACCACCUGGUUAAGGUUGCAGACUUCGGUCUGAGCAGGUUGAUGACGGGAGAUACCUACACAGCCCAUGCUGGGGCCAAGUUCCCAAUCAAAUGGACUGCCCCAGAGAGUCUGGCUUACAAUAAGUUCUCCAUCAAAUCUGAUGUUUGGGCCUUUGGCGUACUGCUGUGGGAAAUAGCCACCUACGGCAUGUCCCCUUACCCUGGUAUUGACUUGUCCCAGGUGUAUGAGUUGCUGGAGAAAGACUACCGCAUGGAUCGACCAGAGGGCUGCCCUGAGAAGGUCUACGAACUCAUGAGGGCCUGCUGGAGGUGGAACCCCUCAGAACGCCCCUCGUUUGCUGAAACCCACCAAGCCUUUGAAACCAUGUUUCAGGAAUCCAGCAUCUCCGAUGAGGUGGAAAAGGAGCUGGGCAAGAAAGGAAAGAAAGCAACACCGGGCUCCAACCAGCAGGCUCCAGAACUGCCCACUAAGACCAGAACUAUGCGCAAAAACACGGACAACCGUGAUGGAGACAGCCCAGAUCCAUUGGACGCAGAGGCAGUGGUGUCGUCACCCAUGCUCCCUAGAAAAGAGCGCACCUUCUUGGACACUAACCUGAACGAAGAUGACCGCUUGUUGUCUAAAGACAAGGACAAGACACGCAGUGUUUUUCUCAGCCUCAUCAAGAAAAAGAAAAAGAGCGCACCAGCCCCCCCCAAACGCAGCUCUUCCUUCAGAGAGUCCGAUUUCCACUGUGACAGGAGGGUCAUGAGUCCGGAACCUCGAGACAUUGACCUCUUUAACAAUGGUGCAUCCUUGGCCAUGAAUGAAAACACACAUGGACUCGACUCAAAGUUCCUGGGCUCUAACAAUAACGCGGCAGGGGCCAUCAUUAAUGGGGCACCCACCUACCCUGGACCUUUGUUCCCCAGGAAGAAGGGAGCCACUGCAGUGCCUGGUCCAGGAGCUAAGGCAGCUACCACACCACCCAGUGAGGAGGAGACCAUGUCGAACUCGAAGCGCUUUCUAUGGUCCUCCAGUAUACCCACCAGCUCAGAUGGCACUGAAUGGAGGUCAGUCACUCUGCCACGAGACUUGGGUCAGCGCCACUUUGACUCGGGCACCUUUGGGGGCAAGCCAGCUCUGCCUCGCAAAAAAACCAGUGAGCAGAAGGGGGACAACGCCCCACGAAUGGGCACCCUGACCCCCCCGCCACGUCUAAACAGCUCAUCAGAUGUGUCGGCGGCAUUCUUCGGCAAAGACACUGACCUCAGUCCUGGUUCUAGUGCACAGGUGUUAACGCCUAGGACAGUUAGGAGACCAGGUGGACUUGGGCUGGAAAACUCCAAGACCAGUGCUCUCCACGCUGAGCUUCUCAAGCCCAGUGUGUACCCCGCUUUGGGGGCGGCAGGGGAGGAGAGCAGGGCCCGCAGGCAGAAGCAUGGUGUGGAGUCCUCACUCAAGGAAAGAGGAAAGUUACAGAAACCAAAGCCAGCACCACCUCCACCACCCACCACCACCAAAUCAGGCAAAAUCUCCCGCAGCCCCACCCAAGAGCACCCAUCGCUUUCACCCACCACCUCAGACAUCAAAGCCAAGGGCCUCUCCUCUGCCUCCGAGCCCCACCACACAACCACUGCCAGUGACCAAACCCGGUCUUCACUUAACGAGGGCUCCAAGAAACUGCUGCUGGGGUGCAGCUCUAAGCCUCUAUUAAAAUCGUCCGCCUCCUCGUCAUCAGUUUCCACCUCCCUCUCCGGCCAAAGCCUGGGAGGCUUCCCUUCCUCCCUCACCUCCCCAGGUGACCUGGGCUCACCCAAUGCUUUUAUCCCCCUAGUUAACCCCCGACGCUCCCUCCGCAAGACUGCACCCCGCCAGGGCACCGAGCGCACCCCCAACUCAGCAGUGACCCGCGAGAUGUUGCUGGAAGGCACGGAGCUGCUCCGCGCAGCCAUUAGCCGCAACUCUGAGCAAACGGGGAGCCACAGCGCUGUGCUGGAGGCUGGCAAGAACCUGUCCAAGUACUGCAUGAGCUACGUCGACUCCAUCCAGCAGAUGAGGAACAAGUUCGCCUUCCGCGAGGCCAUUACCAAGCUGGAGAACAGCCUACGUGAGCUGCAAAUCUGCCCGACCGCCACAGGGGGCGCCAACGCGCCGCAGGACUUCAGCAAGCUGCUGUCAUCUGUCAAAGAGAUCAGUGACAUUGUUCAGAGGUAGCGCUAUAAAAUCAUAAAUUGCCAAGACUUUAAACUGAUACACUAUCUUACCCUACCUGUUUCUGAGCAUAUGCAUGAACUGUGGUCUAUGCCAAGCGUGCGUUGGAGAGCCGAGGGUAAAGCUAGAGAGCAGCAGAGCGUAGGUUCACACUACAGCACUCUCUCAAACACUUAAGCCUGUGGUUAUUGCAGAUGGAGUCCAAGGAGUCCAUCUGUAGAUGUUGCCUGACACAUUGCAAUAUUGAAAAGCCUCAUUUAUGAAUGAACAGCGUCUUUUAGCCUUAUUAAGAUGCCAGGGGCCAAUUUUUUACCAGCGUGACUUUUUGCCAAUCAUUUAUGACGUGAUUGUGUCUAAUGUGUCUUGUCCACACCCACUUUUAUCAAUGACACUAGUAGAAAAAUGCCUGUGAGCGUGUUGCCCGUGGCAAUGAGCAAAAGCAAAACACUUAAUCUCAUCUUUGUCAUGGUUGCUUUGUAACACAUAGGCCAGAGCUGCUAGUUUGCAACUUUCACUUGCAUCCCACUACAGUCCAUCACUUUCUACCUAGUCAUUGGUUGUAGUGUUUCAGUGUUUUUUUACAAGAGUAUUUUCAGCAGUAUUUGCAACCAGGUGCCAUAAAACAAUAUUGGGAAAACGCAAAUGAGGCAGAAUGAGCCUUCGUCCUUCACCGUUUGCUACAAUACACACUUUAGUAACAGAUUGUGCCUUCAACAUUUUUUGGACUUAGCGUUGGCUCAAUUGUUACUGAUGGCCAGGAAUAGCUGUCUUGUUAUGAAUAUUGCAUUUAAUGUUUGCCAUACCAAAAAGCAUUGGGACCUGUGUUUCCUUUAGAAUGGACCUUUUUUAAGUUUGAUUUAGCUUUUCUAUACAGGCCAGUCUUAAAGCCAUCAGUAGCAGCGGCAUGCUGGAGGAUAUGUCAAGAGGGAUCCAUGGACUGAGAGUGUUUCUCCAACCACUGAAGGGUCUCUUUGCGUUACAGAAUUAUUUUUAGGGUGGGGGUUAUUUCAUACAUUCUAAAUUCUGUUUAAGAGGCCUUUCCACCCCAGCAAAAAAAUAUAUCCUUGGGGAAACACUGGACUGAAUUGUUUAUGGAACUGUCAGAGUAAAAGUAUAAAUUACAAAUUUCCACUGUAAUUUUGUACGUUCCUUUAUUCUCGUCUACAUUUUUGGUAUUUGUGCUGUAAUCGUCUCCCAAUGUGCCCUGUCUGACUGCGAUGCCCGAGGACACAAGUCAACCACGAGCUGCCUUGACUUCACCACGGUACGGUCAGUGUUAGCUUCUGUCAUUUCUCCCCUUUACCCACCAUACCACUACUCUGUUUUGUCAAAACUUUGCUGUCCUUUGUAAAUAUGUUAUUUGUUUCUUUGUGCAGUUUGUUGCAAUAAAAGUACAAUGCAGUUGUGCUACUUGAAAUACAAAGUGUAAUGUAUUUGUAAAUGAUUGCAGUAGUGACUAACAUUAUCUUCAUGUAUACGUCAAAGUUAGUUUCAAUAACAAACAGGUCAAAAACAGGUUAUGUAUAAUUUAUUUUUCUGACUAGAGUAUCUUGUCAUUAAAAUCAAAAUGUCAACAUUUUAAAAUCAUAUACACACAAGAACGCAUUUAAAUGUUAGCACAGCUCCUUAAAAAUUUAUACAUAUGUACGUUGUCUUUUGUACUUGUGGACAGACAAAGCAGGAAGUGGUCAUUCAGACUUCAAAGAUGUGGGACAGAAGGAAAAAGACCCAGCCCACCUUUACCCCACAAUAACAAACCAAUCCCCACUCCUCAAAAGUUAAGACAGCAACGUGGGCCCCUUCCAUGCGGAGGAGCUAGUACAGGUUGGAAAAUGGCAUGGAAGUCUCACCUCAAUACAGAAACGAAAGCAAUCAAAAGCUGCAGACAUAAAUACUAAUCUUCAACUCUAUCCAUUUCCUCUCCCCGCUUAACAAAAACAAUCAACAGAUUCAGUAGUGUGCAGAUGGGGGGUCAGGGGUGUUCGGGUGUCUGUCCUUUACAUACAUUUAUUAAUAGAAACUAUAUUACAGAAUAUCCCAAGCAUGAAUUACAGCCCACCCACUAGCACAACUGUACAGAUCUUGGCAGAGCCAGCAAAUAAACUUCUAAAUCCCAAGAAGCAAGGUCAUCACCAAUAGUUAAGAAGCAAUAUAUACAGCUGACUAUUCAGGGAAUCACUAUGGUACAGAAAUUGUAAAAAAAACAAAAAAAAAAAAAACAUAA